GGGCUGCUCCCUGGGGGUUGACACUUGGAGAGGGGACACCAGGGAGGUUCCAUGAAGGCAGUGCCAAAGCUGUCAUCGCCGGUCACCCAGGGAGUGCCACGGGGAGCACGGGGGGUUCCGGCAGUGCCACCCACCCUCCGUGUCCCUGUGUCCAGGCUGUGGCAGUUCACUGCAUGCUGGGCCACGGCCGGACGGGCACCCUGCUGGCCUGUUACCUGUGCAAGGAGCAGCACCUGGCCGGCGGCGAUGCCAUCCGCGAGAUCCGGCGCCUGCGGCCCGGCUCCAUCGAGACUGCGGAGCAGGAGCGGGCCGUAAUCCGCUUCUGCCAGUGCCUGCGCACUGGGGAGGAGACCUGAGCACAUGGAUGGGAUCCAUGGAAUUGGGCAUCCUGAAGAGUCGGGUGUUCCCAGCCUUGUCUGUCCCCUCCUGCAUUAAAGGACUGGCCUGUGGCUCCUC